GAUUAAAAAAAAAACGCAUCAGCAUGGAUUUUUGUUGCGGUUUAUACAGCUAAAAGCAGUUGAUGUCACGGUCUACGACAGUGUGAAACAUAGCUGUAAGGCCCCUUUAAGAACCGGCUUCAGCCACGUCUUUCUUCCUUGCUUCCAUCCAGUGUGUUUUGUUUGUUUUCAUGCCAGUCUGGAGUUAACCACCUUGGCAGUAGUGAUUUUUUGCUUAUGUAGUGUUACGGGCUGCAUUCUUAUUUAUAAUGCGGAAAAUAUCAGCCUUAGUAAUAUAUGCAUCUUUUCUGCUAUUGCUGAGGCAGCCGGUGCCUGCCCUAGCUUGGGAUUCAAUGGAUUUGGAGCUGUUUGAUUUAGUAGAGGAGGUGCAGCGGAACUUUUACGAGUUUCUCGGCAUUCAGGAGGAUGCUUCAGCUGCAGACAUUCGUAAAGCCUAUCGUAAGCUGUCUCUGCUCUUACACCCUGACAAAAAUAAAGAAGAAAAUGCAGAAGUUCUGUUCAGACAGCUGGUAGCAAUCUAUGAGGUUCUGAAAGAUGAAGAGAGGAGAGCACGGUACAAUGACAUUCUGGUUAAUGGCCUACCGGACUGGCGUCAGCCUGUAUUUUACUACAGGCGAGUACGAAAGAUGAGCAACGCUGAGCUGGCCGUACUGUUAUUCAUUAUUCUGACUGUGGGUCAUUAUGCUGUAGUGUGGUCAAUUUACCUGGAGAAACAAUUAGAUGAACUGCUCAGCAGAAAAAAGAAAGACAAAAAGAAAAAAGCAGCAGGCAAGAGUGUGGAUGAAGUGAAAUUUAACAGUACGAUAGAGAGAAACGAAAGACCACAGUGGCAUGAUCUCCUUCCAUGUAAACUUGGAAUCUGGUUCUUUUGUACCAUGAAGUCACUGCCUCAGAAGUUCCAGGAUGCCAGACAGUUUUAUAGAGAAUACCAAGAAAUGAAAAUACAACAGAGGGAAGAAGCCAUAGCUCAAGCUGAACUUGAGGCCUUACAGAAAGAGAAGAAACCAAAGGUUAAGAAACACAAAGCAGAAUUUCCUUCAUAUGCAGCUGUACCUACAGAAUCUGGCAAUGCUUUUAUACCAGCCUAUGAACAAGGCACAACUAUUGAAGAUGUUGAACAAUUAUUGGAUGACUGGUUAGAAGAUAAGCCACAAAAAAAGGCACCUGAAUGGACAGAAGAGGACCUCAGUCAGUUGACAAGAAGUAUGGUUAAGUUCCCAGGGGGGACCCCAGGUCGAUGGGAAAAGAUUGCUCACGAAUUGGGUCGAUCAGUGGCAGAUGUGACUGCAAAAGCCAAGCAAUUGAAAGACUCUGUUUCAACCAGUCCAGGAACUGUUAGGUUCUCUGAACUCAGGUCUGCAGCUCAUGCUUUUAAAGGGUUUAAAGACACCAUGGCAUUGCCUGACCACAUUAUCACUAAACGAGAGGAAGAGGAGGAUGACACUAAGCAUCUUGAGGAGUCCGAAGAUGGGGAUAUUGCAGUAAGUCCAACUGAGAUCACAGAGACAGAAACCAGACAUCGCAAACGGAAAACAGACAAAACACCUGAGAGAACUCUAAUGAUCAGAGAUGAAGCAGAGGAAAAGCAGAGAGGAAAGCGUCAGAAGGACUUUGAUAAUACAGAGCAAGACGAUGACAUUGAUGAUGAGAAAAGAAAAAAGGAAAAGGGUCGACCUUCUGAAGAACAACUGUGGACUCAGAGCCAGCAGAAGCUUCUUGAAGUAGCUUUACAACAGUAUCCUAAAGGGACACCUGAGCGCUGGGACAAGAUAGCAAAAUAUGUCCCUGGGAAAACUAAGGAAGAAUGUAUGGCUAGAUACAAGCUACUGGCUGAGUUGGUGCUGAAAAGGAAACAGGCCAAAAGCUGAUCUACAGGAAAUCUUCGACAAUUGCUGAGAAACUGUACCAGUGUUUUACCUCUGAUUCAUCAAGAAUAUUUGCUGUUUCAAGUGUCAAAACAUAUUUUACCUCAUUGGCUGUAUUUCAGCUGCCUUAUGAGUCAAAUGGAUAAUCAGUACUCCCUCUACAAUUUUAGCCGAUAUUGAAAAGUGUUAUAUUUUAUAUUGCUUUCUGUCUCUCUCUCUUUCUCACACACACACACACACACACACAUAUGUGUAUAUGUGUGUGUAUAUAUAUAUAUAUAUAUAUAGAGAGAGAGAGAGGGAGAGAGAGAGGGAGAAAGCUGCUCCUGUGCUAGAAUGCUAGAAGUUGUGUGUCGACAUGUUUAAAACAUUUGUGACCAUUCUGUUAAAUCAGCUGCAUAUCCCAGAUUUAGCCUUGAAACCCCUAACUGUAUACAUUUGUGGUACGAUGUUUCAUUUUUAAGUCCAUCAAAGAGGAUUCUAACUUGAUCAGCAUAUUAUGUUUGCAGUAAUAUUAUGGAAAUUAAACAACUUGAUUUCUGAUUUGUUUUCUUUUUUGUGUGUGUGUGUGUUGGCAUUUAACAACUGUAACCUUUAUUUAAAACUACUGUUUUCUAAGUUGACAAAAUGUCAGCAUACAGUAUUUUUAAUAAAAAAUGAAACUGGCAAAA